UCGCCACCGAGAGGACUGGAGUGGGGCGGGCUCCAGGACAGCUCGGAGGCCCUGUGCGCUCGCGACCGGCCGGGGCCCCCAGCUUGUAGCUGCCGGCUCCCAGGCCGCACGGAAGGGCGCGCGUGCGGGUCUGCGCCGCGACCGCCUUAGGGUCCCGGCGCGGCCGCAGCCGGCGCGGAGGGGCCGCGAGAUGCAGCCGCCGGGCCCGCCCCCCGCGUACGUCCCCACUACCGGGGACUUCACCUUUGUCUCCUCUGCAGACGCCGAAGAUCUCAGUGGUUCAAUAGCAUCCCCAGAUGUCAAAUUAAACCUUGGUGGAGAUUUUAUCAAAGAAUCUACAGCCACUACAUUUCUGAGACAAAGAGGGUAUGGUUGGCUUUUGGAAGUUGAAGAUGAUGAUCCUGAAGAUAACAAGCCUCUCUUAGAAGAAUUGGAUAUCGAUCUAAAGGAUAUUUACUACAAAAUCCGAUGUGUUUUGAUGCCAAUGCCAUCACUUGGUUUUAAUAGACAAGUGGUGAGAGACAAUCCUGACUUUUGGGGUCCUCUGGCUGUUGUUCUUUUCUUUUCCAUGAUAUCAUUGUAUGGACAGUUUAGGGUGGUCUCAUGGAUUAUAACCAUUUGGAUAUUUGGUUCACUAACAAUUUUCUUACUGGCCAGAGUUCUUGGUGGAGAAGUUGCAUAUGGCCAAGUUCUUGGAGUUAUAGGAUAUUCAUUGCUUCCUCUCAUUGUAAUAGCCCCUAUACUUUUGGUGGUUGGAUCAUUUGAAGUUGUGUCUACACUUAUAAAACUGUUUGGUGUGUUUUGGGCUGCCUACAGUGCUGCUUCAUUGUUAGUGGGUGAAGAAUUCAAGACCAAAAAGCCUCUCUUGAUUUAUCCAAUCUUUUUAUUAUACAUUUAUUUUUUGUCCUUAUAUACUGGGGUGUGAGCCAAGUCAUACGUGAGUAGAAAAAGACAAAUGUAAAAAAAAAAAAAAAAAAAAAAAAGACAAAUGUGUGUGUAGGCUGGGAAUUCUUGGCCCAAGGGAUUGAAGCAAACCUGUUGCUGGUAAAAUUUUACGUGUUCCAGACAUAAUGCAGGUUUAAGAUCUUUCUAAAACUGUUAUUUGUGUUUAAGUAAUUGCAGUUAUCUGGGAUUUUUUUGGUCAGAAUGCUAAAUUCUGUUCGAUUCUUCAUAUUCCAGCAAAUAAAAUAUAAAAGCAUUGUGUUUUUAAGAUUGUGUCAAUAUUCACAUAAAAACUUGUGCCAAAAGCACCUGGAUUGGUAAUUGUAUUUCACAUGAAGGGUAAAUUUGAUAACAUCUUGAUAACCUAAAAGUGCAAUUCUUUUCCUUUAAAGAAUUUUCUCCUGCAUUGCAGAUCCUGUAGAUAUAUAUUUAUAUUUAUACAUAUAUAUUUAUGGAAUAAUUAUUCACAAAAUAUAUUUCUGGAUAGCCUAAAAAUUAAGAUAUUUAAUCUGAUGCUUAAAACUUCAUUUAAAUUGGAUCUUAAUCUUGUUUAUUUAAAAAUUCAAACUUGUUUUUAAAAUGGCAUAUAAUUUUAAAAAUAGUGGUUGUUGAUAUAGAUUUGGUUUAUUUGGAUAAACUUUUAAAAACUAUUUUUGAAUGUCCAGACAUCUAAUUUAAAGUUUCUGUUAAUCUUUCUGACAAAAGGGGCAAGAAGUAUAAUGGAUAUGACGUUUGGUAAAAUCAUGACUAUUUAGGAACACAAAAUAUUUAUUGCACCAGUAAAUAUUUUAAGUGGUAUUCCUAAAUCAGAAAAGUUGUGGGAAAAAACAUCUUUAAGAUUGUGUGGUCCUGAACAAUGUUACAUGAAGUAGAAAAUAAUAAAAUGCUUCCCAGCUGUAUGUUUUGUUUUAUAACAUCUUGUCCUGUAUUGCUUGAUAUUUAAACAAAAAUUGGGUACUCCAUAGCAAAUGUACAAUUUUUGCUGAGGGAAAUAUUAAGACAUUUUUGUUAGUGACAUUUAUAUUGUGGAUAAUUUUAUAGGUUCUAGAUAUAUUUCUAAUUAUUACUACUUUGUAAAAUGGAUAAAAUGUUUUAUUUAUGCCUAUGAAAUAGAAAAUACCUAAUAUUAGUAAAUUAUUCUGUUAUCCUUUCUGAGCUCACCUGGAAGAGUUAACUGCUAUCCUCAAUAUGAUAACAUUGCCAUUGCUUGCUGUGUUUUUUUUUUUUUUUUUUUUUAGCAAAUUUACCCAUCAGAAAAUAUUCAGCACCUUUGAAACAAGCCUACAGAUUAGCAAGAGAUUAAACCCAUCUCUUUUCUGUUACCCAAAUCCUACCUGUCCAAUUAAAAAAAAAAAAAGAUUUAAAGUAAACUGUAGGGAACAUGAGGAGCAUGGAAUAAUGUGAGCUGGAAUAAUGUGGAAAGUUAUACAUACUGAUUUUGUUUUUUAAACAUCCUCAGGAAAACAAUUAGAAGCACCGGAGAUGCAGCAUUUGAACUAAUAUGAAACAGUAAGGAAGGACAUUUGUCAUACUUGAGAAAUUCCUGAGGUCAGAAAUUCCUGAUGCUUUGUUACUGCAGAUUGUUGUAUUCAGCAUUCAUAGUACUGACGGUGCAAUCUUCCUCAGAAAGCUUAGGAGUCGAGACCAGGGGAUGAAAUUUUACUACACUAUAAGUCAAGGUUAUUUUUGGACCACCUCUAUGAAAAAAUGGCUUAAUUUUUUUUAACUGUUACUGCUUUUAAGGUAUGAAUUAAGAUUUCAGUUAUAUGAAUCAUGUUUAUUCUUAAUGAUACAGUUUAAUAAAAUGAGGUAUUUAUGUUCUAAAAAAGGCAUUUAAAAAUAGCAUUUUAUAUUGGGAACUGCUUUUUAUAGGGUGUAUAUAUAAUAUUUAUAGUAUUUCAAAGUCAACCAAUGUAUUUCAUGUGAUAAUCAGUAAAGUAGUUAAAAUAGA